AGCGGGUGCCGGUGGGUGGGUGCCCGGGCGGGUGCCGGUGGCGGAGCGGUGCCGGGGCGGGUGCCGGUGCCGGCACAUUCCGGGCAGGCGCACUGGCCGUACUGGCCGCACGGGCCGGCGGCGGCGGGCGGUUGGAGCCCAUGGAAGCGGCGGGGCCGCAGCCGGGGCCGGGCCCCGCGGCGGGGCCGCAGCCGGGAACCGAGGAGAUCGACAUGUCCCUGGAUGACAUCAUAAAACGCCACAGGAAAGAGCAAGCGGAGGCCAGCGCCGCGGGGGACGGGCAGCGGCGGCAGGCGAAGGACAGGAGCGCGGCCUACGGGUACGGGCGGCCCCGGUUCCGCGCCUGGAUGCAGAGGAAUCUGCAAGGACCUAACCGUUUUAGAAGAGGAUUUGGACAACAACAAUACAAUCGGAGGCAGUUCAGGAAUACUGUGCCCGGUCCCAGGAGAAGAGCAGCUGCUGCGUUAAAUGGAGUGAGCCCUUUAAAUCGGCAGGCGUCGGCUCAGGAGGGCGACAAGAACAACGAUGCUUUCGCCAAAAGAGGUGGCGGCAGCAGCAACGGGCAGCCCGAGGGACGGCGACGGCCACCCCCAGGCCCCAGGAGAUUCCGAGCAGCUGCUGCCAGCACCCAGGCCCCGGGGAGAAGGCCUUUCCGGCUGAACCGGGGACCAGCCUUCCAGCAGAAGCGAAUGCCACAGCGGUUCUCCAAAGCCAAUUUUCAGAGAGGGCAGAUGGAUGCUCAUGGAGAAGGGAAACCGCCGAGGAUGCGAAGGUGGCAAGUGAAGCCAAGCCCCGGAGCAGUUCUGACGGUUUCUGUGGCUAAUCCCCAGGCGGGCCAGACUGGCGCGCCCGGAUCCAAGCGCCCGUUCCUGCGAAGCCGGAGGCCCCCACCGCCACCAGCCAAGCCCCAGCCCAAGGGGGUGCUGCUGAGGUUCAACUUCCGCGCGAUGGCCAACCAGACCAGCCUGACGCUGGAUGAGAGGUUCUCUGGUCUGAGGAAUAAGAGGCGCUUUACAGCAGCCAGGAGCGCCAGACGGACGGUCACCAUGCCUUAGCACCGCGUGCUCCUCGCAGGGACUGCCCGAAACAGUCCAGGCCCCAUAAUGGGCAGCUCAAUAAAACUCGAUAGAUUUCCUCUGAGAUA